UGAGCAGAGAGGAGGACAUAGAAGGGGAGGAGAUUUAAAUGGCCAGCUUGUAAAAAGGUAGUGUGGGGGCAAUUAGGAGCAAGACCAGAGCUCAGAGCAGGACUGAAAACUGAAACUGUCGGUGCAACUUAACGCAUGGAUCGUCACACGUUUUUGGACUGAAUAUACUCAUUUUUUAUGUUCACCUCCAGUUCGCCUCUGGGACCUUAUUCAUUGGUAAGCACAAUCCACUUCAUCAGGUUACACGCGGCAGCGGAGCUACGUGACUGCACUCAUUCUCAGCGUUACUGAACCGGGAACCUAUGAGUUGGAAAUUCCCGGUCAGUAUCUUUUUUUCUUUUCGGAGUAGUUUGGCACUUUUGUUGGAUUGUUUUAUUGAGUGCACCGGGAGCCAUCAAGCCCUCUCCACUCGCAGACAUCGCGAAAUGAAACUCGGUCUUGUCAUCCAGACUGCGGUAGUGGCGCUUUAUCUGCUGCUCUCACCUGCACAGAGUCUUCCCUUGUCAAGCAUAACCAAUACAACUGAAGUGUUGAUGUUCCAAGAAGUGUGGGGUCGCAGCUUCUGCCGGACCAUUGAGAAGCUGGUGGAGGUGGUGCAGGAGUACCCGACAGAGGUGGAGCACAUCUACAGCCCCGCCUGUGUGCCGCUGGUGAGGUGUGCAGGUUGCUGUGGGGAUGAAAACCUGGAGUGCCAUCCCACCCACACCACAAACGUCACCAUGCAGCUGUUGAAAAUCAGGCCAUCAGAGCCAGGUCAAGAAUAUGUUGAGAUGACGUUUGUGGAGCAUCAGACAUGUGAAUGUAGAGUCAGGAAACCUAUUGUGAAGGUUGAAAGGAAAAGGCAAAGAGGAAGAGGAAGGAAAAGAAAGGAGAGACAAAAAACAAAAGAAUGUGACAGGUGCCAGAACCCUCGCAGGUAACUGCAGUGGUGACCCAAACCCCCAGUUGCAGUGUGGCUCACUAUUUAUUUCCAACCCAGCAUCCAGAGUCUCCUCCGCUCAUCUAUCAAUACUGUGUCUGCAGCCAGAGACUCAAACAGCUGGGUUGUUUUGCUGACAUGCCGUGCUGCUGAUGGGCAGUGUUUGUAAUGACAAGCUUUAACCGGAAGUGUGAUUUGAUUGGUGGAAACACUGCUGUUACACACCUGACACAAUGGACAUCCCUGGGAGCCAGUGCAAUGUUGAACCAAACAGGCCGACGCCUUCUCUUUUAUACAAGUUAUUACUGCAUCAGUUAUUGUAAUUUGGUCAUUUCUUUGGUAUUUAAAGGUGGUUACACUUGUUUAAAAUCUAUAUUUAUUGAUACAUCUGAAUAUUUGGACUAGCAACCUUUAAAGGUCCAAUGUGUAGGGAUUUCUCCCAUCUAGCGUUGAGAUCGUAUAUAUUGCAAUCAACUCUUUCGCACCACGCAGUUCUACAGCUACAGUAUCCUUCACGCUUCAAAAAGCCGGUCUUUUGCUUUUUUCAAUAUCCUUUUUCUUUUUUUGGGCGAAAUUCCUGAAACUUUGAUUUUGAAUACAUGCGUGAGGCGGAGUGGCAAUCGGGAGAGUCGGGAAUUUUCCCGAUGGGCCGGUAGUGUUUCGAGGCCGCUCCGGCCAGUCUGAUCGCCCGCUUCAGCCGGCACCGCUGCCCACUGGUCAAACUAACCUGUACGGCGGGCCGUAGUAGCCUCUUAUUUCCAAACAUUCAUCUCUCCCCCGCCCCCCGAGGGCUGGUGGUCCACGAAAUUUCCCAGUUGAUUUUUUUUGUCCCACUCCAUGUAUUAAGAUAACAUGUGGUCCUCCACGUUUCCUUAUUCAAACUUGCCGGGGCCGGGAAGCUACGAUACCCAUUAGCAGCAUUAGCAGCACCUGUGAGUUUAUCAUGUGACCGCGAAAACGCGAAAGGCGGAGCAGUAUGUCCUGUAUGUCCCUUAC